GAAAAGAUUAAAAGAGCAGCAGAAGAGCAUGGUGCUGAUGUUGGAUCAUCUGUGACAGAUGAUCUUCUUGCCAAAGCUCUUGGUGACGACAAACCAGGGAAACUGAGAGGAAUUGGGUAUGGAGCGACAAGGACAAAGAUGGCUGACAAGACCCAUUAUAAGAAGAUCAUAAAAGAGUGUCGGGACAGUAUGAAGGAAGUGAACGAGAGACUUGCACAGUUAGAGGAAAAGACGUCGAGCUGUGUCUGCCAUGGUGGCUCACACUUGCACAACGUCAUUCCAAAGUCUGGAAAUCCUAGCAAUGUUAUUGCUAGCACUAGCAUGACUGUUCCCCACCAUGAAAAUGACAGUCCAAUCAGCAGACCAAUGGGGGAGGAAGUGCUAGGGAAGGGUAAAGCUUGCAGGUUAGUCAGUUGGUACAAUGAGAACGAGGUUGUUGCUGACGCGAUUAUUGCUGAAACAGAUCCAAAUAUGAAGUGCCAUGAUUUUCCAAUAGGUUUUGCAGCGUACAAAGUAACUGUGAUUACGUCUCAUGUGGAUGAUGCCAUUCUCUACAAGCAAUCCGGUGAGUUGAAGCGUGUAAUAGACACUGUAGGAAGUUAUACCACAUGGGCCAAGGAUCUGAUAUUGCCUGCCAUCUGACUUGUUAUUCUGUUUGGGGAGUGCUUGUUGAAAAACCAUUUGGUUCUUUUUUGUUGCUCUUAUCAGUAGAACUGUUGCUCUUAUCAGUGAAACAAUGUGUGUGUGUGUGUGUGUGUGUGUGUUUUAUGCGGAAACAAUGUUUCAGGAAUCAUUCAAGGGUGUGAAUGAUAUUACAGGUUUAAGUGCUUCAUAUUUGAAUGAAUGGUGGUGGUACAUUUUCAGUCAAAUU